UGCUAACUUCACUUUUAUUAUGGAAUUUAAAAGUAGAUAAAAAGUAUCAUGCAUAUUUUUAAGUUUUAAUAACUAUCUUAAAACAUGUUUAAGUUUAAUUUUAACUCAGACGAUAAAGAUGAUAAUAAAGAAGAUUUGAAGGUUGAAGAUGAUGGUACAUGUUUUGCGGAAUGUAAGGAAAUACAAGCUUCGGCAAAUCGACAAUACGAUUUAAAGAAUGUCAAAACGAAACUCCUAAACAUAAACAACACAAACAUCCAGUACGUUUGCAAUGAAUCUUUACUUGAUAUUUUAAAAUCUAAUCAAGAUUUAAGCGAAGACUCCAUAUUGAAAGCUGAAGAAAAACACUCCGAUCUAUUACCCGCAGUAUAUGAAGGUGGUUUGAAGAUAUGGGAGUGUACUUAUGAUCUUUUGGAUUAUCUUUCAGAAAACCAAGUGGAUUUUAAAGACAAAUCGGUUUUGGAUUUAGGAUGUGGUGCUGGAAUUUUAGGUAUAUAUAGUUUGCUACAUCAAGCACGAUGUUGUUGGUUUCAGGAUUAUAACCAAGACGUUAUAGACAAUAUAACCAUACCGAAUAUUGAAUUAAAUUGUAAAGAAUCACUGGACAGAUGUAGGUUUUUCUCCGGAGAUUGGCAUUCUUUUGUUGAUUUAUCAGAAAAGAACUAUCCAGACAAAAAAUUUGACUAUAUCCUUACUUCUGAAACCAUAUACAACACUGGUUAUUAUAAGAAGCUGCAUUUGGUGUUUGAAAAGUUACUUGCCAAAAAUGGUGUAGUACUUUUGGCAGCCAAAUCUUUCUAUUUUGGAGUAGGAGGGGGAGUGCAUCUUUACCAGGAUUUCAUGGACAGCCAAAAAGUUCUGAAACAUACCAGUUGUUGGCAAAGUACAGAAGGAGUGAAGAGGGAAAUUUUAAAACUAGAAUUUUUGUAAUACUUUUUAUACCAUCUUAAAAUAAACUAGCUAUAGAA